AUGCCGGCACACACAAGUUGGUGGCACUCGCACGAUGUGUAUCUUGUGAAGAGAUACUGCUACCUUCUCGAACUUAUAAGCAGCUCAAUCCUCCUCCUUCUUCCAAAGCAUCGUUUUAUCUUUACCAUCCAUCUUCAAUCAGUCAACUUUACCUAUCGAUACCACAAACGUCAGCAUCCCACCGGACUCACUGUUGAUCACACACUGCACGACCAGAUCCGCAGACCUCCAACAUGUGUAGACAAAGCAUCCCAACAGAAAUUUAUCUUUGUGAUGAUGAGGUUGAACAGCCGGCUCAGCUUAUGCCGGUCGAUGAUUGCGGGGGUUGCGGGAUAG